AUGAUUACAUAAAAUUUACAAAAACUUUUUCCCCCCAGAAUCUUUGUCAACAGAAGCUUGGCAAUGGAGAAGAUUAAGUGCUUUGGCUUUGAUAUGGAUUACACUUUAGCAGUGUAUAAGUCACCUGAAUAUGAAUCAUUAGGCUUUGAGCUGACAGUGGAACGGCUAGUGUCCAUCGGUUAUCCUCAGGAGCUCCUGAGCUUCGUCUAUGACCCAUCAUUUCCCACCAGAGGCCUUGUGUUUGAUACCAUGUAUGGAAACUUGUUGAAGGUUGAUGCUUACGGUAAUAUCCUGGUCUGUGUCCAUGGAUUCAACUUCCUGCGAGGCCCAGAGAUCCGUGAACGGUACCCCAACAAGUUUAUCCAGAGAGAUGAUACAGAGCGUUUCUAUAUCCUCAACACCCUCUUCAAUCUGCCAGAGACCUACCUUUUUGCUUGCCUUGUGGAUUUCUUCACCAACUGUGAUAGAUAUGACAGCUGUGAAACUGGCUUCAAAGAUGGCGACCUCUUCAUGUCCUUUAAAAGCAUGUUCCAGGAUGUCCGGGAUGCUGUUGACUGGGUCCAUUUCAAGGGUACGCUGAAGGAGAAGACUGUGGAGAACUUGGAGAAGUAUGUAGUGAAAGAUGGAAAGCUGCCUCUUCUUCUCAGCCGAAUGAAUGAAGUAUCCAAGGUUUUCUUGGCAACCAACAGUGACUACAAAUACACUGAUAAAAUCAUGACCUAUUUGUUCGACUUCCCUCAUGGCCCAAAGCCUGGCACCCCGCACCGGCCCUGGCAGUCCUACUUUGAUCUGAUCCUGGUGGAUGCCAGGAAACCGCUGUUCUUCGCAGAGGGUACAGUGCUCAGACAAGUGGACACAACAACAGGACGACUAAAGAUAGGAACCUACACAGGACCACUGCAACAUGGAAUAGUCUACUCUGGAGGCUCUUCAGACAUUGUGUGUGACUUGCUGGGGGCCAAGGGAAAGGACAUAGUAUACAUCGGGGACCAUAUUUUUGGAGAUAUCCUCAAAUCCAAGAAACGUCAAGGCUGGAGAACAUUCCUGGUUAUACCUGAGCUGGCCCAGGAGCUUCACGUGUGGACCGACAAGAGCUUAUCCACACCCCCACCCAGUCCUCAUCGUUUUUUCUCCUGCUUUCUUCUCAGGCAUCUGGAUAGCAGCAGUAAUGAAAGGCCAGAUAUCAGCACUAUCCAGAGGAGAAUCAAGAAAGUGACACAUGACAUGGACAUGUGCUAUGGCAUGAUGGGUAGCCUGUUCCGCAGUGGCUCCAGACAGACUCUCUUUGCCUCACAAGUGAUGCGUUACGCCGACCUGUAUGCAGCCUCCUUCAUUAACCUGCUGUAUUACCCCUUCAGCUACCUCUUCAGAGCGUCACACAUACUAAUGCCCCAUGAGUCAACAGUUGAACACACCCACGUGGACAUCGACACAGAGUCCCCGCUGGCUACCCGCAACCGCACCCACUGCAGCGACUGCAAAGAGCUAGAGUGCAAACGCAACCAGCUGACCCGCUCAUUCAGCGAGAUCAAGCCACCCAACCUGUUCCCUCAGACUCCCCAGGAGAUCACUCACUGUCACGAUGAGGAUGAUGAUGAGGAGGAGGAGGAAGAAGAAGAAGAGUAAUAUAAUAGGACCUUUAGAGGGGAGCCAUGUUCCCGUUCCUGCCUUCUUAUCUUUCCUAGUAGAGUCAAGUAGUGAUUGCUUUCAAAGCGAGGCAGAGAGGGGAAAACAUCUCCAGUGUGCAUAUGUGUGAUCACACACACUUACACACGUACACAUUCUUCAAAUUUCUGAGGAUAAGUGUAAAGGACCAGUAGCAAAAGAGAUCAUAUGACUGUCAGAAGACUGCAUGCUCGGUCCUCUAAACAAAACCUGUAUGAGCUUAGUUAAAAAAGAAAACAAACACAAACUUCUUGAUUUGUAAAUUCAUUUGAUUUCUGUAUAAUUCUCCCAGCAGACAGACAGAGAGCACACACACUCAAACAGAUGUCACACACCACGUUUCUUUAUCUUUUUAUAAGCUGAGUUUUAAGUCCUGCUGGUGGAUCACUUAGUUUUGGUCACGUUUACGGUUGAAUCCACCAGGUUUGGACUUUCUACUGUAGUUUGAAGUGUAACGCAAACUGACAGAAUAUGCACAUUGCAGUCACGGGCAAAACACUUUUCAGCGUAAGUGCCGAAAAAUCAGUGCAGACAUUAAACAUUUUUAUAUGCAACAUGGGAACAACAUUCAAGUUUUUUUUUUAUCCAUUUUGUUUUAUUUGCUUGUCUUUAUAGAGCUGUAACUUGUAUGUAAGAGUAUUUCUGUGUGUGUUUCUGUCACGGUAGACUCAUUCAGACUUUAGCAUCCUGAGUGACGGUAAGCAAAGAAGAUGUUGGACAAAACUGAAGCACAAGCUGGUGUUAAACCACUCGAUACCCAGAUGAAUAUCUUCUUUGACUUGUUUGGAGUUUGGUUAGGCGUACACAAGUGAGGCUAUUGAAUUGAUGCUUUGUUACCAAGCAACAAAGAGGACAGAGUAUCUAUAUUUUAUCCUUAGUCUCUAUGACUACCCCGAAACACAGUACUGUUUCUAUAAAUACCUGUAAGGUAAAUGAGAUGAGCUAAUCGUUCAACACCAUGAGCGGGCUGUUAUGCAGUAUUUGUCAGCUUGAUUGUUUUGGAAGUAUAACUUGAGUAUUUCAUUUAUCAGAUUUUUCUUCUUUUUUUUUUAUGGUAAGGGGGGUGUACAGUACAAGGUCUUCAAGUUUGUUAUUUUGCGAAGUGUGUGAAAAAGGAACGAACAUGAAAGUGGAUUCGGCAUGUAAUGAAAGUAGUGUUUUCGACAAAAAACUUAGUUGAAAAGGUCUAAUGAGUUUUAGCUGACUUUUAUCCACAGGUCCAGUAUUAUCAUGCCAUUCAUAGGAGGAUGAAAUAUGAACUGUGUUUACAGUAUUUUGCUAGCGGGCUUCUUAACACUACUAUGUGUUGUAGAUUGUGUUCACAGGUCAGAAAUGAGUGAAGUGCUCGAACAUUAAAUGCUUGAUUUUGCAUUUGCUCUGAUCGUCGCAACAAAAUACAAGCUUGUUAAACUUAAAGCUCCUGAAAACUUAUUCUAAAACACCUUACACACUUCGUCUUAUACGACUUCUAUUACGCUACAGUCGGAGUAGGAAAAACUGCAUAAUAUGAUGUGGCACGACCAAAAUGAUUGUGACCGUGUGCAAUUAACUUCCAAAUUGUUGCCUUUGAAAUGAUUUCUUCAAUUAUGGGAAUUAUGUCUGCGACCAGUCACAGUCAGUUGCUCUCUUCAAAGUGUGUUUUGUGUUAAGAUGGCGAUAAAAUACCAAAGGAGUCAACCUGUUAUCAGUUUGCAACAGCAAAAUGGGCUCAGUCUGUCUUUGACGUUAUGGUGAUGAAUUUGCAAAAUCACAAAUCUGUUGCAAAUUUGUUUUCUGUUUACAUACGCAGAAAUUCAUAUUAACUACUUGUAUUCAGAGUCCAGUCAGAGCCUCAUAGAAAUUCAGAAAUUCUUCCACAAAUGGUGGCAUAGUUGCUGCUGGAUAGCGAUUGAACUGCAAAAUGACAUAAGCACUCUGCAACCUUGCUUGUUAUAUGGGAAUAUAACCAGAAUACAACCAGCUGGUAACCAGCUGAGUCGCGACUUGGAGAGAGAUGCGCUCAGAUUGAUUGCAACAUGUUGACUCUAGUUAUUUGAAUACCUUCAGUCCAUGUUGGACCACAAAUGUUUGGAGACAGGUUGCAUUUAUGCAGUCACUGUGUGAUUGCUAUGAAGCUUGUUAUAGACUUCAUAGCUUAAAUAAGUGAAACAACUUGUGUUAUGUGGACUUUUCUGCUUAGGUUUUUUUUCUUUAAAAAAUCCUAAAUGGAAAAACAAUUUUUGAAUCAAUAUCAAAAGUUUUAUUUUAUUUAAUUUUGAAAACUUUGGUUGAGGUGGUUUUGUAGGGGUUAUGAUAAAAGGAAAAUGUGACGAUGGAAACAAAACGUGACACUUCUGCUUGAAGUUUGAGCCCCUCUCCAAUGGCACCAAUCAGAUUAAUUUAAAAUGCACACGCAAACUUACCUAAUGACCAAACUACCCAACAACUGCCAUUGGAAUGCAUGUCGUUCUAUACUGAUUGGUUUAAAAAGUUAAUGACGUCCCUGCUAGUUCAAUUUCUCGUUUUUAAAAAGAAUUUUGAAAGAAAAAAUCUUCCAUUAAAUUAUUAAAACUGUUCAGAUUUUGUUCAUACUGGACUCUGCUGAUCAUCGAGAAAAGGUGAUGGAAAAAGUUUUCAGGAUCUUUAAUGCAGAUGUCACUGGCAUCAGUGUUCAUACACAAGGUAGAGUGCUGCCUCAUAUUAUUUUUUUCAAACAGCAACUUUUUUCUCCCCCUUUUCCUACCAUCCACUAAAAACAACGUUAAACUGCCUCACCUUUUUAAAGUAAGUCUCGACCUCUUCUGUCUUCAGUGUGUCGGAUCGGCCUUUUGAUUUAGGCCACAAAAAGGGAAGGAACAUGCCGUUUCGUUUUUGGAAUGAUUUUUGGUUUGGCUUGAUGUGGAGUGAGUAGUGGUGAAUGUGCUUAAUGCGUUGGAUAAAACCAUGUUGAACAUAUAUGAACAUAUUACAGCUGUUUAGGCUUUGUUUUUUUGUUUGUUUUUUUUACAAGUGAAAUAUUUAUAUUUUAUGUUCUGAUGUUUGUUUCUUGAACAUAGAAUAACUGGAUAUGCUACAUGAUGCAGCUGCAUUUCCAGCGUGGAAGAGGUGACUGUCUUUGCAUCAUUUCAUGUGAAAAUAACAACAGUAUCCGCUCCGCUGUGGCCAUUAUGGUAGCAUCAGUUUGACUUCUAUGUGAGGCUGCUGUCGGUGUAGUUUACACAGAGAGGAUAGAGAAAAACAAACAAACUGUAAGCCUGCAAAAAAAAAAAAAAAAAAAAAUCUUAAAAUGAAGGGAAAUGUGACUAGCAUGUUAAGUAUCAUAAUUUGUUCCUUGUCAUCAGCAUCAUGGGAUUUUUACUUUUCUAAGCUAGUGUUUUCCAAUGGUCUCUGUUUACAGAACUGUAAAUAGACCUUGCCAUUUCCUUUUCAUAUGAUUUUCUUUAAAAAAAAAAAAAUAACAUUUUUUGUUCAUUUUUAUACAAUAUCUCAUAAACCUGUCACUACGACUUGGAACUAACUAAAGGCUGGUGAAUAGGUUACAGUGCUUUAGAAGAUUUUUAUCUUGUGUUCUGAUGCCCAGAAUGCAUCUGUAUUAACAGGUGCAAGAACUCCACUGUUCAUUUUCUAACCUUUAGUAAACUUUUGUUUUUAUGCAUAUCAAUUUAUGUUAUUCUGAACAGUGUUUUGUGUGUUUCCACAAAUUAUCCUUUAGACUGUACAUUGAAGUAAAUUACAUAAAAAUGUAGAAUAAAGAUAGUUUGUAAUAUUU